CUGUAUAGUACCUAGCAAGUUUUAAGAUACAAAGUAGUAUGAUGACAGCCUUCUCCCUGCAACCACGGCAGUGCUAUGGGAGUGGUCUUCUUGCAACUGCUGCAUCACCACGACCAAGUAUUUUCUGGAGGUGGCGGCAGCAGCAGCAGUGCACCAUGUUGAAGUACUCGCAAGUGGAGCAACAGUCAGCACAAACAUUACAUUAUGAUAAUCGUGAUGAGAAGGUUGAUGAUCGCUUAGGCAAAAACCCUUGCAAUUUUCACCCUUCUAUAUGGGGAGAUUUCUUCCUUCACUACUCCAACCCAGCAGCUUCCUCGGAACAGCAGCAGACAUGGAUGGCAGAACGAGCUGAUAAACUGAAGGAAGAAGUGGCAAAAAUGAUAGCAAGUUCAGUUACUUGUAGCCUUCAUCAGAGGCUACAACUCAUCCAUGUGUUGGAACGUUUGUGCUUGGAUCACCUGUUCGAAGAAGAGAUUAAUGAUGCAUUGAUUCAAAUUAAGACUGCCGAUGUCAGCGAUUGUGAUCUUCACACGGUAGCUAUGUGGUUUUAUCUGCUUCGUAAAUAUGGCUACAGAGUUAUACCAGACGUGUUUCUGAGGUUCAAAGAUGAAGAGGGAUGUUUUUUCACGAACAACCCGAUGGACCUAUUGAGUCUUUACAAUGCUGCGCAUCUCAGGACCCAUGGAGAGACGAUACUUGAUGAAGCCAUAUUAUUUACCAGAAGGUGUUUAGAAACAACAUUGUUGCCCUCUCUGGAAGGAUCAUUAGCACGUGAAAUAAAAUGUGCACUGGAGAUCCCCCUACCUAGAAGGGUUAGAAUUUAUGAGUCAAAGUAUUAUAUCUCUACAUAUGAGAAAGAGGCUACGGUGCACGAAUCAGUACUGCAACUUGCAAAGUUGAACUCUAAUAUUAUGCAACUUCAUCAUCAGAAAGAGCUUAGAAUCGUUACAAGCUGGUGGAAGGAUCUAGAGAUUGAAUCAAGGUUCCCAUUUGUCCGAGAUAGAAUUGUAGAGUGCUAUUUAUGGAUGUUAGGAGUAUACUUUGAACCAUGUCAUUCACGAGGCCGAAUAAUGUUGACAAUGGUGAUUGCCAUUAUUACCAUACUUGAUGAUAUGUAUGAUUCCUAUGGAACUUUAGAAGAGUGCGAGUUACUUACCAAGUGUCUAGAAAGAUGGGAUAAAAAAGCAGCCCAUGAUCUCCCGGAGUGCAUGAAAUUUGCGCUCGGGAAAAUCUUGGAUAGCUAUCAAACCAUUGAACAAGAGCUGGCACAUGAGGAGAAAUAUCGCAUGUCCUAUCUAAAAGCCUUUACAGUAGAUAUGGUUAGAGCAUUCAACAUGGAGGUAAAAAUGCGUGAAGAAGGCUAUACUCCAAGAUCAGUUGAAGAGCACCUACAGUUUUCAAUAUGGACUAGCGGAUGUCACGUGGUCUCAUGUACAACCUUCGUUGGAAUGGACGAUAUAGCAACAAAGGAUUCUUUUGAUUGGGUUUCUACCAUGCCUAAAAUGGUAAAGGCACUUUGCAUAAUUUUGAGACUACUGGAUGAUCUCCAAUCAUAUGAGCGAGAGCAACUCACGCCACAUGUUGCUUCAACCAUCCAAAGCUACAUGACAGAGCACAAUGUCACGAUUGAAGUGGCACGCAAGAAGAUAGAGGAAUUGAAAGAGGAGUCGUGGAAAGAUUUUAAUGGCGAGUGGCUGAAUCCUGAUAAUGCACCGCCAAAGCAGCUCCUGGAGAGGAUAUUCAACCUCACAAGAACAAUGGAGUUCUUCUACAACUUGGACGACAAUUUCUCGAACAGUCAGAACCUCAGGGAUACCAUCCUCUCUUUGUUUGUGGAGCAUUUUGAGGUCUUCUAGUACAUGCAAU